AUGGAGCCAUGGCCUCCGAUCAGCAGUCGAUCACAGCCGAUCGACAACACAGCAACGAAUCUAGCAGGGAAUCAGACUACCGGCAACACAGCACCCUCUUCUUCUACGCUGGCGACCGGUUCCAAUCCCUCUGAGGUAACUUUCAAUCCUCAGACACAAUCAAACCCCUACUACCUGCACAUUAAUGAGAAUCCGGCCCUAGAGCUAGUUUCCUUCCCAAUGGAUGGCACAAAUUACCAUCAAUGGGCUAGAGCCAUGAGCAUGGCCUUGUCCUGCAAGAAUAAAGUAGCUUUCGUUAAUGGAGCAAUCACAAAGCCCUCCACAGAGAACCUAGAACGGUAUCUCGCCUGGGAGAGAUGCAAUGAUAUGGUUGUUUCUUGGAUUGUAUGCACAUUAUCUCCAACAAUUGGGCGUAGUGUGUUGUGGAUAGACACAGCCUAUGGGAUCUGGAAUGACAUGAAGAGGAGAUUCAUUAAACAGGAUCUGUUUAGGAUGGCAGAAAUUAAGUGUCAGAUCUACCAAACUAAGCAGGGAGAUAUUUCCUUAAAUGAGUAUUUUACUAAUCAGAAGUUUCUGUGGGAUGAAUUGGCCAUUCUCAGGCCUCCAAUGAGCUGUGCUUGUAUCACUAAAUGUGACUGUGGAAAGAAGAUAGAUGAUAUGAAUGAACAGGCUGAGAAAGACAAGCUGUCCAUCUUCCUAAUUGGACUUCAUGAGAAGUAUACAGGAGCCAGAAAUCAAAUAAUGCUAAUGAGGCCUCUACCAGAUGUUAAUGAGGCCUACUCUAUGAUUGCACAACAAGAGAGACAAUUUCAGAUGUUUGAUACUGGUUUUGGAAAUCAGCUGCACCAAACAGGUGAGAAUAAUGCCACAGGAAGUGUGUUCUUGGCCAAAACAGAUGGAAAUUUCCAACAAGGCUACAAGAAGCAUCUAGCUGCCAACAAAAAACCUGUGUGUACACAUUGUGGGUACACAGGUCAUACACAAGACAAAUGUUACAAGAAACAUGGUUAUCCACCCGGAUGGAAACCAAGGCCAAGGAACCUAGGCUCAGUAAAUCAAACCCAAGGUUCAUCAGCAGAACAACAGUCCAACAAUGAUGGCAGCGUGCCUUUUACUCAGAAUGACUUCAAGAACUUCUUGGAUUUCAUGCAGAACAAGAGAUCAGCAAGUGAGAGUCUGAGCUCACCCCUUGUUCAGCCCUCACAAGUCCAUGCCAACACUGUGUCAGCUGAUUUCUUGAAUGAAGGUAUGAUUCCUUCACUUAACUCUGUUAAAUGUGGUAAAAAUGAAUGGAUUGUGGAUAGUGGUGCUAGUCACUGA